ACUACAUGCAACAGCCAGCGAGAGCGGGAGACAUCGGCGUUUCCAGAGACCAGACCCACCAUAAUGCCGGCCCCUUCUUGGUUCCAAAGAAACAGGAUGAAUCACCCAUGAUUGGGGAUGGAGAAGAUUAUUUCCUUUCUCUGUUUGGUGAUUCAAAGAAACUUACAGCACACUCAAAGCACACUCAGAAAACUUUAAAAUACUUUUCUAUGAUUCUUGAAGAAGUUGGCCAAUUUACCGCCAGUUCUCUUGGAGACAUUGAAAUAGCUGAAGUGAAUGUCAAGGGUUUGUUCGUGAAGCUCAUUAACUCUUCCCUUGACAAAGAAAUGGCAAUUGGAGAUCAUAUUCUCCAGCAAAAUGUGAAUGGACAAACCAUUUCUUUGUACCGAUUCCUUCCAAACAUUGUAAUGCAGGCCAGCUCCACAGUAACGGUGUGGGCAGCAGCAUCUGAAGCAAAGCAUCAACCUCCAUCAGAUUUUCUUUGGAAGGAACAAGACAAGUUUAGAACAAGUCCCGAUUGUAUAACAAUCCUGUGCAAACCGAACGGUCAAGCCAUUGCCUGGUACACCCCUAUCCACUGGAAGCAAGCAUGGGAAAAAUUAGAUACUGACAUUGAAUUUAACAGAUGUUCGGUAGUAUCUCCAACAUUCCGGAAGCAUGUGUUUCAGUGGACUGCAUCUACAACUACAAUAACUAAAGAAAAACAAGAUCAACCUAAGGAAGAUAUCUCAAAUUAUCAGGUGGAACAAGCUCAAGUUUUUCUUAAGAGAGAGAAGGAAAUCCCACCAACCGUUUUCCCCAAUCGCAGCCCUUGGUGCCAGAAUCCCUAUGUCUCUGCACAUCCUUACUGUCCUCUGAUUGAACCACACAAUACAUCCACCGCUGGAGGCAACUUGGAUAGACAGCCCAGGUCUCGGUCAACCAGACCUAAUCGAGCCUCAGGGACUAAGAAAAAGAAGACAUCUGAGUCACAAAAGCAAUAAGCAGUCAACUCAACCUUUAAAGAUGAAGUCUCACUCUGUUGCCCAGGCUGGAAUGCCAUGGUGUGAUCUCCACUCACUGCAGCCUCCGCCUCCCAGGUUCAAGUGAUUCUCCUGCCUCAGCCUCCCAAGCAACUGGGAUUACAGGCGUCUGCCACCCUGAUCGGCUAAUUUUUGUAUUUUUAGUAGCGACGAGGUUUCACCAUCUUAGCCAGGCUGGUCUCCUAUUCCUGACCUCAGGUGAUCUGCCCGCCUUGGACCCCAAAAGCGCUGGGAUUUCAGGCAUGAGCCACCAUGCCCUGCCCAAACAUAAGCUUUUGUUGCAGGACUUUUCCUUAGUUUAGCUAAAGAUAGGGUUCUUCUCUGUUCCACAGCCAUGAAAAUUUAGGCUCGCAGACGGUUAAAGGGUGAGUAAAGCAGGGUUUUAUUGGAUGAAAAGGGGGUUAAAUGGGGGAAACAGGGAUCCUCUGCAAGGCCACAGUCCCCUGCUAGAGUGCUUCCCGCCAGGCGUUGGAAUACCAGGUUCCACACAGGAAGAGGCGGGACCCGUCUCUUUGCUGCAAAGGGCCGAACCCAAGGCUCCGCCUCAGUGGCAGGCUGGUUGGACUUUCUCCAGGGAACCCCUCCCACCUGGCAGUCUCACUUUUAUACUAGUGUUCAUAGAAUAUUAUUGACAAAAGCCCAAAAAUAGAAACAACACGUGUCCAUCGACAGGUGAAUGGAUUUUAAAAAUCUGGUGUAUAAUACAAUGAAAUGUUAUUCAGUUAUUUAAAAAAAUGAAGUUCUAAUACAUGCUACAACGUGGAUAAACUUGGAAACAUGAUGUUAAAUGAGAUAAGCCAUACAUAAAAGGAUAAAUAUUAUGUAAUUUCACUUAUCUGAAUAAAAAAUGUAUAGAGAUGGAAAGUAUAACAGAGUUUACUAGGGCUGGGCUGGGAAGGGGAGAAUGAGAGCUAUUAUUUAAUGGGUACAGAGUCUCUGUUGGAGAUGAUGAAAAAUGUUCAGGAAAUGGAUAGAGGUGAUGGCUACACAACAUUGUGAAUAUACUUCAUGCCACUGAAUUGUGCAUUAAAAAAGUCAAAAUGGUUUACAAAGUACUUCUAAUAAAAUAUAACUAGUAUUUCCAAGAUGGAAAAAAAUGAUAUUCUAGUCUCAAGCAUCUGAGAAGAUAUCCAUUGCUCAACAAAACAACUUUACACAUACUUUCUGGUUAUAUUUCAGCAUAAAUAUUUUCUUGUUGCUGGGCCACACCAUUCACAUUAUUUCCUCAUUUUUGGACACUCCGGAGCAGACUUGUACAUUUUCAGAAAACUGUCAAUAACACUUUUUGCCACUUUGCACCAUUAAGUGUUAUCUUUGAAUCAUAUGUUGGCCAAAUCGUGUAGACUGUUCUGCUUUUUUCAUGGUUACUAUAGAAACUGUGCAGUCAUAAUGUUUUGAAGAGACUAGCAGGAAAUUUAAGAGUGCACAAUAAAAGUUAACUUAUUUCAUGGUUUAAAAUUUCUUCCAGCUGUCUCCAUUUGUGAUGAUUAUCAUGUUCACAUUGGGAGUAUAAACAUACAACCAAAAGGGCUCUGGUGACUAUGGCCAAUAAGCCAUCUCACCCCUCACAGACUUCCCUCCCAACCUCUUCCCCUCAAAGAUUUGUAAUAGGAACACGUGAAACAAGUGGUAUGUAAGGUUCAGGUGUUUUCAAUUAUUUCCCUCCUAUGAACAGAGGUUUCCUGGAUCCAAAACAUGUUUCAGCUCAAAGGGUUUUCCUUAUUUUUGAAGAUGGUAUCAUCUCAGGAAAAUUUCAUCUACAUAUCUCUGAUUCACCAAUGCUUCAUUAAGAAAGCAUCUCCUCGGA